AGCUGAUGGGGCUGCGGCUAUCCUCCCUCGGGGUUACCUAAGCCGGCCAUGGCAGCCUACGUGGACCAGGCCAAUUCUCAGCCCCACCACCGAGACUGCUGCCUUCCUGGCGCUGGUUCUCUGCUGCUGCGCGGGACGGCCUGCCCGUCUGGUGUGAGUGGGCGGGCAGUGGGCUGGAGCUUGGCCCUUGACUUGUUCCCAAGCCGAAGUGCGGUCAUUACUCACUGUCAAGCUCUUCCAAGUAUUUUUCCUCGCCUGUUCCUGUUCCGUUUCCGAAACACCCGCCUCCUUUCGCCCUGAUCGGGCAUUCUUUUCUCUCUGCUUGCCCUCGUCUGGGCGCAGCCUUACCCGAAAUCGUUACAACGUCGCAACCUCCGCUCAACAUGGCGAGCCUCCCUGGCGCCAAUCCCUCCGGCCCAUCCGCGGGCGCUGGCUCAGAGCCUAGUGAUGCGCAGCUUUCCCCAGAGUCCCAAGCACCACCAGAAGAGACCCCGGCGCAGGCCGUGCGUUUUCGAUCUGUCGUCGAGGAAAUCGGCCCUCAGCUACCCGCCGCCGAGAACCCAGCUGGGGCGACUGCUUUCUCUGCCGAGCCCGUAGCGAGUGCAGCGAAAGCGCUAGGCGAUCCCGCCGAGGUCACUCCCACCCAGCUCAGCGCCCUUGCUCAGUCGCUGCAGGGCUCCCACCUCCACGACCGCCGCAUGAACAUAUUUUCUUUCCAGCCAGUUUCGUUGCCAGCCUCGAGGACUGUUUCCCAUGACGACGAAUCGAGAAUCGCCAGCCGACAGAACACCCGCAGCACUGCAGGACCGCCCCAAUCUCCCCUGCCGAGUCCAAGGGCCCCCGAAAUGCAGUCCCCUCCCCUCACGCCCGCCGCCACCGGCCAGACGGACGCCGAGGCCAGGCGGCAAAAGGAGCCCAAGUCCUCAAGCCGACACGACCUCAUCACACCUCAAGACUCGACCCAGGAGUCCUCUCCUCCCGCCUCUGCCCACCCGAGCCUGCGCCCCGAGCCACAAUCGUCCACCGAAGAUAUCCCCCGGCGCCCACGGUCGUCACAAGAGAAGGAAGCCCCGAGCAGGGUCGGCGGGCAUCGCAAGGGCAUGUUCUCCGCCGGGCCUGGGAGCCUCCCGGCCUCGAGGGAGUCAAGCCCCUCUCGUCUUGCGGCCUCGCAGCUGUAUUCCCGCCCUUUCACUCCCGACGGCGACGCAAACGACCCCUACGCGGCCCAUAGGCGGCCCCAGCAGAAAAACAUUGAGCCGCGCUUCCAAUUCUCCCUCAGCAAGAAGAAGCUGGGGUCCACGGCAUCCUCCUCCGCAAGUCUCCGAGGCUCUCCGGACAAGCGCAGCUCCGGCUUCUUUGGCAGCAAGAACACCGACCUCCACCGAGAACCUAGUUCUGCACCGACAAUCAACAGCAGACCGGGCUCGAUGGCAGACCUCAAGCGCUUCUUCAAAGUGGGCCAGAACAAGGUCCAGCGCUCUACGUCACCAUCGCCCUCGGUCAAGUCCACCAACAGGGUCGCCUCAGCUUCCAGGUCGCCUGCGCAGGUCCCGUUUGGCAGCGACCAUGGCCUCUCAUCCAAAUAUGGGAAGCUCGGCAAGGUUCUCGGGUCGGGCGCCGGCGGAUCGGUCAGACUAAUGAGGCGGGGGGAGGACAACACGGUGUUCGCGGUCAAGGAAUUCCGCCCGCGCCACACGUACGAGACGGAGAAGGAGUACGUCAAGAAACUAACGGCCGAAUACUGCAUCGGCUCGUCGCUUCACCACGGAAACAUCAUCGAGACGCUCGAUAUAGUCCAGGAGAAGGGCAAGUGGUAUGAGGUGAUGGAGUACGCGCCGUACGACCUUUUCGCCAUUGUCAUGACUGGCAAGAUGUCGCGCGAAGAGGUCACCUGCUCGUUCCUCCAGAUUCUGAGCGGCGUCACGUACCUGCACAGCAUGGGGCUUUCGCACCGCGAUCUCAAGCUCGACAACGUGGUUGUCAGUGAGCACGGCAUCAUGAAGAUCAUCGACUUUGGCAGCGCCCACGUAUUCAAAUAUCCCUUCGAGAAUGGGAUCAAUCUCGCCAAAGGCAUCGUCGGCUCCGAUCCGUACCUAGCACCCGAGGUCUACGAUGAACGGAGGUACGACCCUGCAGCGGUCGAUAUCUGGUCAUUGGCUAUCAUAUACUGCUGUAUGACGCUCCGUCGAUUCCCGUGGAAACUGCCGCGGAUGACGGACAACUCCUUCAAGCUCUUCGCGACCGAUCCAACCCCGGGCCAUGACCCAAAGAAACUGGUGCUCCCGGCCGCAAAGUCCACGACGGAUCUGAGCGAUACCCCGCACAGAGACAUUUUCGUCCAGGGCGAAAACAACAAGACCGCAGUUGACAGGGCGGCAAACCAGCCCUCGCCAGCACAACAGCAGCCACAGCAAGGGCAGGGCGAUGGGGCGGCGCCAGAGAGGCGGGAGAUCAUCAGGGGCCCCUGGAGGAUACUGCGGCUACUUCCCCGAGAGAGCCGCCACGUGGUCAGUCGCAUGUUGGCGCUCGACCCCAAGGAGCGAGCCAAGAUGUCCGAGAUUAUUGAGGACCCGUGGGUGGCAAACACCAUCAUUUGCCGACAGGACGGGCCGGGCCAGGUUGUUUCGGCUGAGGACCACACUCACGUCUUGGAACCACCCAGUAUCCCUUCCACAGCGCCGAAAUAGGAGAGGGAUGCCGUGGGAGGGCUUGCGCAGGACAGCCUCUACUCCUCCAAACACCUGUGGCACAGGACGCCGCCGUUUCUCGGAAGCAAGCCACGCCCUUCGAUCGUGUCGUUUCUGUGGACGCAUAAGGCAUGAUGGCUGCGGUGGGAGGCAUGCUAGGUGGUAGGGUAUGCGUUGACCCACAGACCGAAGAUUUUAAUAUUCCGCGCUCUUUUUCCUUGCGCCGAGCCAUAGGCCCAGAUCAGCGAUGGCGGUGCGCAUCAAUUUGCCGCUGAUCCAAAGGGAGCUCCUCGACCUUUGAUCGAAGAUGAGCCAUCCCCCGUCAUGGCUGAGAAUCAGCGAUUAAUGUUUUAGCGUUUGGUGUAGGAAAGGGAUGGAUGGUGUGUUUGAUUAUUCUUUCCUCUUUUUCUCCUUUUUUUUUCAGUCUCUCGACUUACUUUUAUUAGGCUGAUCGGCUCAGGGGCAUUAGAAUCGUCGCCAUAAAACACGGUACUGAGUUGGAUACCCUCUUAUGGGACCUCCCAGGCAUUAAUUGCCACGGUUAAAUGAUGCUUAUUUAGAUGAUUGUUGAGUCAAGUCUUGCAUUUUUUUUCUUUCUCCCUGCGCCUUUCUUAUCCUCGUUUGGCUUGAGACGAAGAGGAUCGGGAAGGUGAACUUCUCCCUAGUUCACAUGUGGACUUUAGACUUGGGCUUGGGGAAGUAGAAAUCACCCAGCUAGCUUCAAGCGGCAACCAGGGUGAAACCUGAGACUUGCAAACCACUCGAACAACUCUUUUCUGUCCCAAAUCUGGUCAGGCAUCUCAUGCUGAGAGAAUAGGGUUGUCGGGUUAGGGUUAAAGACUCCUGACCCCGGCACAGCUCGGCUGACGGAAUUGACGCCCGGACCACCGAAUUUGCAGAAAAAAAGU